ACGACUAGACUACGACACGACACAGUACGACUACAUUGUAAGUUCUCAAAGAAGCGUGCAAAACGUGCAUGUGCUGAAUUUUUGAAAUGUCGAUCGUCUGAAUUCAUAUGGGAGGUUUUCUUUACCAAUGAAAUAGCCGAGAGGAUAAAGGACAUCAAACGGAGUGGAGAAUGUCAGGUCCGUUGUCACGUCGUCGCUUUUCAUCAGACUUACUGCUAGAGGAAGAUGAUGAAGCUAUCCCAUGGACUUACGUCUCUACCCAGAACGAUUCCAGUCAUGGUGACGUACCCACGUACACCUCCGAAGGUGUCGCCAACAAAAGAAGAAAAUUAUACAGACAGAGAAAAGACGAUUUGGACGUUAAGCCAACGUCAUCAAGGUCACGCACCGAGUCUGUCGAAUUAUGGACAGAAGUAGAGGAUUUGAGUCUUUGUCAAGCUGUAUCCAUCUGCCUACAGCAUACCUCAUCUGAGUCUUCCCUUGCCCUUACAACAGAAAACCUUUCAGAUUUGGAAAGAAAUCACCCUAUGUCUGUUUUCUCCAGAAACGUAUCAAGGGAAUUGCAAACACUGGAUAUUUCUAAGUGUUUGGCCGAGUGUUUUGUGCCAUCUCAUGAGCACGGGGACGUCCUGGCCAGGGUCCAAUCGAGUGCUUUCCGCCGUACUUUCAUGGGCUUCUUGAACAGCAAAAGCAGGCGUGGACAGAGCCUGCUGUGUACGGAUGCCGCGGAAUCGAACAAUGCCUGUAAUAGUAGCGACAGUGGUGCGCAGUUCAAACACGACUUGCAACAGGAUUUGAAGAGUUCUCCUUUCAUCAAACCGGACAUUUAUCCCGAAACCUUCGAAAGCGACCAAGGGAAACACCCGUCACCAAGUCCAUCCGAGCGAAAUAGCAGAAAAAAAACUGAGAGAAAGUCUGAGAAAAUUGAUUUGAACCCCGGAAGCAGUGUGGAGCUACUAGAUAGACAAGAAACUGAUGUUCUGCAAGGGGAACUGGCAACACAGGAAGAGGGAAGUGAGAAAUUUCAAGAGACACGUAGAAGCUCUUCAAGACUGAGGAGCAAACUACGACCAGAGGAUCGUGAUACAUCCACAGAUAAUGAAGACAUCCCAAACUUGACAAGACAAAUUCCACAAGUUUCCACAGAUAAUAGCAAUGACCGAAACCUAUCUGAGAAAAAUUUAAACGUCGGCCCGAAUAGUCAUCCACCUGCAAAAACAGAUAAACGGAAAAAGCGCUUACCGAGGAAUAAACAAGAAGUCAUUCAGAGGAAACAGAGCAACGAAAUGGUAACAGAAACCUCAUGUGAACCUGCAAAAACUGGCAAAAUAGAGAAUCGGGAACAGGAAAAAAGACAUGAGAAAACUGGUUCGCAGUUUGAGAGUGCUGAACUGGAACAACCACCAUCCAAAGUGCCGGCGAAGAUGGACACCAAAUGUGAAUCUGAAAAACCAAACAAAUUAACUUCCGAGAAUCUGCCUCAGGUUGAUACUAUUUCCAGACAAUUGAAGGAAUCGACCAGUAGUGAACAGGAAGAUACGAAAGCAAGCAAGAGCCCUCUGCAACUGACUCCAAGUGGCAAGGCUCCAUUGAUGGCAACUGUUCGACCACUCAGAAAGGCUCAAAAUGAGAAGGACAAUGAGAAGAGAAGCUUCAAAAAGUUCCGCAAGAAGUUUUUGGACAGGUGCCUUGAGGUGCAGCACAGCGGGCUUGGUCUGACGGCCAGGAUACCAGGCCAGGGGACAAAUAUAAUUUCAAAUGUACAUUCCAGUCUUGACGAGUAUCUAACUAUGCAGCAUGUGCAGCAGAGUCGCAAGGGCAUCUUGGAUGCCUGCCUCAUGGCACAGAGGGAUACCAGCUGAGGAAGGAACAGCAGAAAUAAACUCUCACAUCUUACCCCUCUGUGAACACUUAUGACAUAUGGCACAGAGGGACACAAGCUAAAGAAGGAACAGCAGAAAUAAGCUCAGAUCUUACCUUGACCAGAAGGUAUCCCUCUGUGAACUGUUAUGACACUAGGCACAGAGGGAUACAAGCCGAGGAAGAAACAGCAGAUUUAAGGUCAGAUCUUACCUGGAAUAGACCACACCCCUCUGUGUACAAUAUGCCAGUAAUCACAGAGGGAUACAAGCUAAAAGGUGGAACAGCAGCAUUGAACUCAGACCUUUCCUGGACUGGAAGACACCCCUCUGUGUACACUAAUUGCUGGCCGGCUAG